UCUGUAGCUUAUCGAUGGCACGAUAUAGUAUGUCCACUGUGAAGAUAAGGUUCAGCAUGCCUUAAGUGCCUUCCUUCAGUAGUGACAGUGCGGGGACUCCGAACAGAAGGCUUGCUGGACAGAAGUCGGAUUUCAUUCAGAUUGCAGACGAUGCGGACUGCGCACGUCGUGCUGCCGCUGCUCCUGCUCCUCGGACAGAGCAGUGGCCAGAGCAGCGCGGCCCACGACGACGCCCUGCAGCAGCUCGCCGAGUCCAUCGUGUUCCCGGACUCGCUCCGGCAGCACGUGCAGCAGGUCGGCACGCAGGUGGAGGGCGUGACGGACUGCCUCGCCGGGCUGGGCCGCUGGGCGGCAGGCCUGGCCACCCUGCAGCCGUGGGCCCUGCAGAUGGUGGACUCGAGCGCCAAGCUGGUGACGGGCGUGCUGUACCUCAACACGUGGAGCAUGGGCAACUUCGACGAGUGCGUGGCGGCUGGCGACGCGGAGCUGGGCUGGACCGGCCGGUACUUGCUGCCCACGGUGGAGGUGGCGGCGAACGGGUCGGCCAAGGGCCUGGCGAUCAAGAUGGCCGUGUGCGUGCCCGGGUCGUGCCAGCCCGGCGUGCUGCGGGCGGCCCUGGCGCGCGCGGCGGACGCCGUCAACUCGAGGCUGGGCUGGGACGCGCUGCGCUGCAGCCUGGACGACAAGGCCAUCGCCAUGGCCGGCCCGGCCAGGAAGACCACCGCCGCCGACACCAUCAUGAUCUGCGCGUGUUUGGGGUUGGUGCUCUUGGUGCUCGUGGCGACCACGCUCGACUUCAGCAUGAGCCCAGAAGCCAAGAUGGCGAGGAAAAACGCGUUUCUGCUGUUGGCGUUUUCGGCGAAGGAGAACGCUCGGCGCCUGAUGACGCGUCCCUCGGCAGGGGACUUCACCUGCAUCAACGGAAUCCGCUUCCUGUCGGCCAUGUGGGUCGUCCUCGGCCACCGCUACAUCGCCCUCAUCCAAGUGCCUUUCAUGAACCUCCUGGACGGAUCCAAGCGGGCCAAAGAAAUGUCCACCAUGGUCAUCAUAAACGCCCCGCUGUCCGUCGACACGUUCUUCCUGGUCGGCGGCAUGGUCAACGCCUACGGCUUCCUCAGGAUGACAGAGCGGAGCAAAUCGUUUGACUUCAUAAUGUACAACGUGCACCGAUACGUCAGGUUGACUCCAGCCUUCGCCCUCAUGAUCGGCAUCACGGCCACCUGGCUGAGCCUGCUGAGCACCGGCCCGGUCUGGAACCACGUCGUGGGGGUGGAGAGCGAGUACUGCCAGAAGUACUGGUGGUCCGCGCUCCUGUACGUCGCCAACUACGUCAACCCGGACACCCCGUGCAUGGGGCAGGCCUGGUACCUCAUGGUCGAUAUGCAGCUGCACUGGCUGUCCCCGCUGUUGCUGAUCCCGCUGUGGAAGUGGGGCCGCUGGGGCGUGGUGUGGCUCUUCUUCGUCCUGUGCGCGUCCUGCGCCGUGCCCUUCGCCCUCACCUACAUCUACCGCCUGCCGACGCCCUUCCCCACGGAGCUCAAUCUUAAGGUGCAGCAGAGCUUCAUGCGAAACAUGUACCUCGCGACACACCCCAGGGCCACCGCGUACGUCUUCGGCACGUUGGGUGGUUACAUCCUCUUCCUCAUCAAGACGGGCCGCAUCAAACCCAGACUGACGCCGACGCUCGCCGGGUUCGGCUGGGUGUUCAGCACCGUGUUGUGCGUGGUCGUCAUCUUCUCGGCACACCCCUUGAUGGACACGAAGCACCACCCCUACAACGUGUGGGAGGCGGCCUCGUACGCGGGGCUGUACCGCCUGGGCUGGUCCCUGGGCAUCGCGUGGGUGGUCUUCGCCUGCAUUCUGGACUACGGAGGACCGAUUAAUGUGUUCCUGUCCUGGCGGCUCUUCACCGUGCUGGGCCGUUUGACGUACGGGAUCUACCUGACGCACAUGGCCGUGCAGCUGGUGGACCACGGCACCAUGCGGAGCCCCUUGGUCUUCUCGGACUUCUCCAUGGUUGAAGGGAUGUUUUCGGACGCCCUCUUUGCCAUAUUUUUCGGCUUCUGCUUGUGUUUGGCCGUGGAGUCGCCCAUAUCAGCCCUAGAAAAACACUUCAGAACGACGAAGAAAGGAGUGGCCAGUUUAUCGGUCUCCAAAGAGCCCCUGCCAGUCGAGCAAGACGUCAAAGACCCCAUCCCAGACGAAGAUGAGACAUUAGCACGUGCCGCUUCAAGCAGGGCUGACGCGGAGUCUGGUCCAAGUGUUUCGGCCAAUGGUUGAUUUAACAGACCCAAUGUCCAGUCCAGAUGAGCCUUGGGAUUCGUUUCGCUACAUCUUAUAAGGGACCUCACACUGUAAGUUUCUAUCCUUGCGUCUCUUUCGCGUAAGAAUAGUCAACUUCUGUAGAGAUUGGAAAAUGACAUUCAAGGCCUAAUUUGUCGCAAAAUUAGCUGUGAUACAAUUUUGAUGUUUCUAUCUGGUGGCACGCACUUUACGAUGUAAAUCGGAACAAGGCGUGUUCAAGAAAUGCACUGAGAAGGACAGAGUGAUGAUCACUCUUCCACUGUCAGAGUGUACUGAGUACAUUAAUAAUAUUUUCUGUGUUUCCACCAUACAUGAGCCAUAACCAAUGAUAUUUGAAACGACUGUUAUAUAUAAUGAGUCUGUAGAGUAAGAGCAUACGUGCUACACGCUCAGACUGUUAUUGGCUUUUUGUCCUUUGUUAAAGAGUUUUUUACACAGCAAUAAAAGGUACUAUUUCCUCAAUAUUUCUGUAAGAUUUUGUUCGCUGCAUUGACUUAAAUUCAAUUUGCUAUUGACAAAGAGUCACUGAUUGAUGACAAUUUAGCCUUUCUAGUGAACAAUAUUGUACAUGAUUUCAAAGGAAAUGCUACAUAUUAUUGCUGCUUUAAAACAACGUAAGCAAAAGACAAAAGGUCAAUGAUGGAGAGAAAACAGUCAAUCCGAGUCUGAGAGUGUAGUUAUUAUGCAAAUGAACGUAACCAACUGUGCUUGCAAUUUAUAAUAACUGUGAAAGUGAGACCAGAUGUUUCAACUGCAUGCACCAGCUUUGAGGUUUACAGGAGUUUGCUUUAUAUUAGAUCUGAAUAAAUCUUAGUAACAGUAAAA